AUGCCUGAUACUGCUAUGGACUUGAUGCCGAUUACGUCCCGCUGGUUCCCUUCCCUCGCAGGUGGUGCUUUGGAACACGUGGCCCCAUCAGCGAGAGCGUGGGGGCGGCUUUCCCUGGCUGGGGUCGUCCACCGUGGCCAUGACAGCCAACUGGGCAUGAUUAUGUUCGUCGUCUUCGUGGGCCCCAUGUGCUGGGCCACGCAGCGCUGUGGUCUGCGCAGCGGGGUGGUCAGCAGCGGCCGUGCUCAUGGCCGUCGGACUGCGCUUCGAUGCCUCACCAGGUCCAUGCCCGGUUCACCAUUACAAAAGCUUACGAAUCUGCUAAAGAUGAAACUUCCUCAGCUGGCGCAGCUGUGUGCCAUCCUGCUGGGCAUCGCGAGCACGCUGAUCCUGGCCGCGCCGCCCCUUCUCGCCGCUGACUGGUUCCCGCCGGGGGAGCGCACCACCGCCGUCGUAAGGGCUGUGACUUCUACUGGUGUGUCCUGUUCCGCGGUGAUGAUGGGCUGCAGUCAGCUGGGCUCCGUCGGCAGUUACCUGGAGCCGUUCAUCGUGCGGGUCCCGGGGCCAGGAGUUACCAUUGAGGACCUCCAGAAUGACAUCAUGAGACUUCUUUACAUACACGCGGGCUUCUCGGGCGUGUUGCUGCUGGCCGUGGUUGUUUACUUUCCGUCCAAGCCCAAGAUUCCUCCAUCGGUGACUUCGUCCUGCGAGAGGCUCAACUUCAUCCCCGGCGUUCUGGCUUGCGUUAGGAAUAAAAGUCUACUCUUGAUCUUGGCCUCGUAUGCUGUGUCCGUGGGCCCGGCGCUGGCCUGGGUCUCGGUCCUCAACUACUCCCCGCUGCCGUUGGGCAUCCACCAGGUACUCAAGAUGGGAAUCUUGAUAAGACGAGGCCAUGUGGGUGGCGUGGCGGCCGUCGUGAGCUCCAGCGUGAGCCCGUCUUCGCCGGCCGCUUCAACGACCGCUUCCCCCGCCAGGGCAAGUGUACGUAUCCGUGUCUGUGGGGAUGGCUUCCGGAAUGGCGUCAAUCCCGCUGUAUACGAGCUGGGUGUGGAUCUCUCGUACCCUGUGCCCGAGAUCCUGGUGUCUGGUCUGAUCACAGCGUCGGAUAAUAUUUCCAGUUCACUCUUCCUUCUCAUUUUCUUGAUUCCCAAUGUCGGUUACGAGUGGAUAACAUACACGCUUGUGCUCUCGUGUUCGCUACCUGUCCUCCUGAUGCUGAUAGUCAAGGUCGAACACAACAGAUCGGAUAUUGACCGUUCAGAGUGAAACGUGUAUAGAAACGGAUUAAAAUGGUCGCUUACUUG